AGAGUCAAAGCUAAGCUAAGAUACAGAGUCCUCAGUCGAGAGCAUACAGCGCACCAUAGCAGCAGCAAAAGCCACACCAUGCGCGCUCCGCCGAGUCUCCUUCACCGGACGGCCCUUGCGGCACCUGGCACCGGCCAGACAUCGUUAUCGUCAUCGCCUCAGCAGCAGGAGCAGACGGCGCCUGUGAUGCCGGUGAACUCGGACAUGGUGGUUAUCCUGGCGUCGCUCCUAUGCGCGUUCGUGUGCGUCCUUGGCCUGGCCCUCGUCUCCCGGUGCGCAUGUCGGCGACGCCGCUCCGCCUCAUCCUCCGACCACUCUCCGCCGCCGCCCAAGGGCCUCAAGAAGAAGGCCAUCGAUGCGCUUCCUACCGUUUUCUUUGCCGCCACCGCUUCUCCGAAACCAGCGGGGUGCUCGUCCUCUGAGUGCGCGAUUUGCCUGGCGGAGUUUACGGAAGGGGAGGGCCUGCGGGUGCUCCCGCGGUGCGGCCACCGCUUCCAUGUUGCAUGCGUCGACGCCUGGCUUCGGACCUGCGCCACGUGCCCCUCCUGCCGUGCCCCCAUCAUCGUUUCCGUGCCCGUACAGCCGCCGGCGACACCCACGGUGGUGGUUGUAGUGGCGGCACACAAUAGAUGCGGGAGGUGCGGUGAGGUGGCGGCGCCGGCUGGCGGUGAAGAUAGCACCACGGUCUUGCCUUAACUAGCAAGAUGCCCAUGCGUUGCACGGAACUUCAAGAUGCAUUUGUAUGAAUAGUUUAUUUUGCGGGAGAAAAUAAUGAAUUAGAAGACCUUAUUUGCAAAGGUGGAGAGGGGUGUGGGUAUCUUUUUGCAAAAUUGUCAUAAUUUCCUUCCUAUCCAUCAGAUAUAAAUCGGACGGCCUAUAUUGCAGGAUGGCAGACACACCAUAUCAUCACCAACUCUGUUUUUUUUAUAAGAGUAGAGAUUAGUUUAUUUUAUUUAUUUUUCCUUUUUUUCUUUUGUUUUGCUAGUUAGGCUGAGUAAUUCAAUAAGACGUCUUAGUUAGUUGUGUAUUUAUUAUCAGCCGGUAAUUAAUUAUUCAGGUACGUUGUACACUGUUUUUGUGCUUCAUUUUGUUUAAUUCUUCUGCUGUUUUGGUAGCCAAGUAGCCUGUUCGUCGAUCCAAUGCAUUGGAAUAGCUCAAUUUUGUAGCUUGGCUGUAAAGUGUAUACACUUUUGUUCAUUGUUUGA